AUGGCUGCCGCUAAAGUCCCAAGAAACUUUAGGCUCUUAGAGGAACUUGAAAAGGGCGAGAAAGGCCUUGGUGCAGGUGAGAACGCCUCCACUAUUCCAAUAACAAUGAACCAAUGCACUAAUUACUUCUUCAAUAUUCCAGAGGCAUGCUCCUACGGCCUUGCCGAUGGUGAGGAUAUGAUGAUGAGCAACUGGAAUGGAACCAUCCUUGGACCUCCUCACAGCCUCCACGAGAACCGGAUUUACAGCGUCAAUAUUCACUGCGGUCCUGACUACCCAGAUAACCCUCCUAUCAUUCAAUUUACCUCACGAGUGAACAUUCCCUGUGUCGACCAGCGAUCUGGCAAGGUUGACCCAACCAAGCUUCCGUGUUUAUCGCAGUGGAAGCGUGACUAUACGAUGGAAACCGUACUGAUUGAGCUUCGAAGAUAUAUGGCUUUACCCGCACACAAGAAAUUGCCUCAGCCACCUGAGGGCUCAACUUUCUAA